CUGCUCUUUACCCGUGCCGUGUAUGUGGUGAUAAUGGCACUGGGAUUCACUACGGUGUUUUGUGUUGUGAAGGGUGCAAGGGAUUUUUCUUUCGGACGAUACGUGGAAAUAAGCAAUACAGGCAAUGCAAAAAUCCAAGUAAAUGCUUGAUAUUGCAAUCCAACAGAAAUAGAUGCAGGUUUUGCAGGAUGCAGCGGUGUUUUGAUGUCGGGAUGUCUUAUGAAGCUGUGAAGAUGGGAAGAUGGUCUAAGGCAGACCACAGAGGCCUGAAACCAACACUGGUGACCAAGGCCCUACAUCAUGAUGACCUUAUAUUAACGGUUUAUUCCGCUUUCGCAAAAGCCUGCAGCAACCAUAACAAUCAGCUGAACAAUGAGCCGAGUUUAGAGGCUGACGGCAGUUUCUUCAUUCGGAAUGGCAUUUUGUUCGCAACAACUUUUGCAAAACAACUUAAAGAUUUUACCUCCCUUGGUCGUGAGGUUCAACACGAACAGAUCAAGACAGCGGUAAUUGAAAUGUCUGUGAUGUUCGAAGAGGUCAGACUUAAGACAGCAGGUUCCGAAGAUUGUACAAUAUAUACAAGGAAAACGGAAAAUUCUGUCAUAACAGUUAUGCGAAAUAAGGGGAAGAAACUAACGCAAAAACUAAUGUCGCUUAAUCUUACGCAAGCAGAGUUAUCUCUUCUGCUCGCUGUAAUUUUGUUCUGUUCAGAUCGCCACUGCUCAGACACUGCGGACUGUAAGAAACUCGAAUGGCUAGAAGAAUCGUUACUGUCAGCUUUGAAAUACCAGCUUGUUUUGAACCACACUAAACAUUUAGGCUUUUUACCUCAAAUAAUUGAGUUUAUAUGCUGUUUAAGGGGACUAACUAUCCAGUAUUUAGACGACAUAUUAAGAUUCAAGUGAACCUAGACAAUAUAAAGGAAUACUUUUCGUUUUGCCACGGUUAAAAAUAUCAUCUAAUCUGGAAUAAACUUCGUUUGCAGGGGAUUGUAAUGGUUUACACUGCCAGAUUGGUUUCUGCUUAGGCGACGCGUACCACAACUGUACCCUGGCAAAUAUCAAACAAAAAUCUUUUUUUCAUUUUCUCUGAUAUGUGUAAAUGUUUCCUAAGGACUUUUUGAUAAUAUCCACCCGCUUUUAUUAAACACCUCCAUUGCUAGUUAUUUGAUCAGUUCUACUUUAAGCACAGUAAAAUAUAUCUCUUUCAGGGAUAUCAGGUUACACGAUUGUGCAUAAAACAUGUUUAAAAAUAGCUGCAUGCGUCAAACUUGCAUAAAAGUACAAGGUUAUUUGCAACAAACACCUAUAGAAAGAUCGUUAUAUAGAGCGCAAAAAGGACAAUAAUAUAGGCCAUUUUGUAACCCUGAUGCCCUUUAUGACAAAGCUACGCUUGCGUACAAGUGUAUAUAGUUCAUUUGAAUGUUAACUAAUAUUACAAGCACGUAAAUACGUUAGAGGACUUAUUUUACCUGUAAUCAGCAAAAUAUAUCCUCAU